AUGAAUGCAAUUCAAAUUCCUUCAACUCGAAUGUAUAAUAAUUUUAUUCGAUCUGAAAGAUAUUAUGUUAAACAGCAACUCCCAAACACCUUUGCGAUUCAAGGUCCAUCUGAAACUUUUGUUAAAGUACCUGGUCUAACACUGCCUUUCAAUCAUAUAGAACCAUUAGUAUAUAAAAUUAAAUUUGAAGGAAGAUGUGUUUCACAUCAUUUUAACGAAACUUGGUUCCAUUUACGUUUUAUGAUUAAUGAUAAUUUGCUUUAUAUAGAUAAAUUUCUACCAAAUACAGCUAAUCGGUAUCAGUAUAUUACCGGAUAUAGCAACAAUGAUGGUCUUGAUUAUGUUGGUGGUUUUUAUUGGUACAAUAAUUCACCGGCACUGAUGCAAUGUUCAUUUAGUGAUAUUAUCUAUUUAAAUCCUGGUUUACAUGUUAUUGAUGUAGCUGUUCGAGGUGGACAUGCUUAUGGUGCUUUUCCAACCUACAUUGUUGGUGGAGCUUUGACAAUUGAAUUAGUUGAAUAUGAUUUGCACGCAGAUACUGGUAUAAAACCGAGCGAUACUAAUUUAACACCGAAUUCUAUCGGAUAA